AAUUGACUGACCAACAAACCAUUAGUUUGGUACACAAUAUUUUCAUUUUGUUUUAUUUUAUUAUUCAAAGAAAUAAAAACAGAGAAAUCAAACGACAUCUUAGACUUUUCCAUUUCCUCUUCAUCAUAUCAUUUGCCAUUGAAGUUUUGGAAAUCAAACGACACAAAAACAGAGAAACAUGGCUGAAUUUCUAUGGACGUUUGCUGUUCAGGAAAUUUUGAAGAAGAUUGUGAAAUUUGGAGCAGAACAAAUUGGUGUGGCAUGGGGCUUGGAGAAAGAGGAGUUCCAGUUGAAGAAGUGGUUACUCAAAGCUGAAACAAUCUUAGCAGACAUUAACAAAAAGAAAUUACACCAUCAUGCUGUGAGGCUAUGGGUGGAAGAUCUUCAAGAUAUUGUUUAUGAAGCCGAUGAUCUACUGGAUGAACUUCGUUAUGAAGAUCUUCGACGAACUGGGGAACAAACUGGGAAAUUCAAAAAAGUACGUGAUUCCAUCUCACCAUCCAAAAAUUCCUUUUUGUUUCGUCUCAAGAUGGCCAACAAGAUGAAGAAAAUUACUGCUGCUUUACACAAACAUUAUUGUGAGGCAAGUCCUUUAGGACUAGUUGGUGAGGAAUCUGCCACUGAAAUAGAGGUUGCUCUACAACAGAUUCGAGAGACAACCUCAAUUCUUGACUUUGAAGUUGUAGGAAGGGAGGAUGAAGUUUUAGAGAUACUGAAAUUGGUGAUCGACUCUAGCAAUGAACAUGAUAUGUCUAUGAUAUCCAUUGUUGGAAUGGGUGGUCUUGGGAAAACAACUUUGGCCAAGAUGGUCUUCAAUCAUGAUGCCAUUAAAGGUCAUUUUGAUCAAACUAUAUGGGUUUGUGUUUCUAAACCAUUUAUUGUCAUGAAAAUUUUGGAAGCAAUCUUUCAAAGCUUAACGAAUUCUAGUAGUGGUUUGAACUCUAAGGAGGCCUUGCUUCAGAGGCUCCGAAAGGAGAUGCAAAGCAAAAAGUAUUUUCUUGUGCUUGACGAUGUUUGGGAGAAAGAGAAUGAUUUGUGGGAUGAGUUGAAUGGCUAUUUGAAACAAAUUGCUGGGAAAUCUGGAAAUAGUAUUAUGGUGACCACAAGGAAUGUGGAAGUGGCAACCAUGGUGAAGACAGUUUCCAUUCAUCAUCUACAAACAUUAUCUGAUGAUAAUUGCUGGUCGUUGUUUGAAAAAUGUGCGAAUGCAAGUCAGCUGCCAAUGAAUUCAAACUUUAAGAUUAUGAAAAAUAUGCUGGUUAGAAAAAUAGGUGGUGUACCACUCGUUGCGAAAGUUUUAGGAGGGGCACUCAAAUUUGAAGGAGAUCAUUACGAGAGGUGGAUGACAAAAGUUGAAAGCAUUACAAGAAACAUUUUAAAGGAGGACGAAGCUUUUGUUUUGUCCAUAUUAAGAUUAAGUGUGGAUUCUCUACCACUUCUUACUUUGAAGCAAUGUUUUGCUUACUGCUCAAAUUUUCCUCAAGAUUAUAACUUUAAGAAAGAUGAACUAAUUCAAAUGUGGAUAGCACAAGGAUUUAUUCAACCCCAAGAAGAAAGAGAGAACUUGAUAAUGGAGGAUAUAGGAGAAGAGUACUUCAACUUCUUAUUGUCUCGUUCCUUAUUUCAAGAUGUCGAUAAGGAUGAGAAUGGGAGAAUUGUUACCUUUAAGAUGCAUGAUCUAAUACAUGAUAUUGCUUGUAUGGUUUCAAAUCAUCAAAAGAAGGCAUCAAAUCCUAAUAAUUGGAGUGGAAAAAGUGCUAGAACGUUGCGUGCAUUAAUUUGCAAUAAUGAAGAGACUCCUCAUAAGAUUCAGGCCAACAUAAAUUGCUUGCGAGUUUUAGUGUUGAAUUCUUUUGAGACUAAUAACUUGUCGAUUAUUAUGGACAAGUUAAUACAUUUGAGAUAUCUUGAUAUUUCAAAAUGUUCUGUAAACCAGCUUUCUCAAGAAUCUCUUUCUUCACUUUAUAAUUUACAAACGUUAAAGUUUGGAUAUAUUGGAAGUGAUCUACCGAAAAAUCUGAGAAAAUUGGUUAAUCUGAGACAUUUAGAAUUUCAAAAAAAAUUUGAUAUGAAACAAAUGGCUUCACAUAUGGGCAACUUGAUUCAUCUUCAAACAUUGUCUGAAUUUGUAGUUGGACUUGGGAAGGCCUAUAAAAUAGAAGAGCUUGGACCAUUGAAAAACCUCAAAGGUACACUAAUUAUAACAAAUCUGGAGAAAGUGCAAAAUAAAGAGGAAGCUAUUGCUGCAAAAUUGGUGGAAAAGAAAAAUUUACGUCAUCUAAUCCUCAAAUGGUUUGUUGGCCUUUAUAACAGAGGAGAAUAUUAUGAAGAUGAUCACGUACGAGUGUUGGAAGGACUUCAACCACACAAAAAUCUACAAUCAUUGGAAAUUAAUGGCUUUAAAGGGAAAGUUUUUCCUAAUAAUAUUUUUGUUCAAAACUUAGUUGAGGUAGAUCUGUAUAAAUGUGAAAGGUGUGUAAUGCUUCCAAUGCUUGGACAGUUGCCCAACUUGAAAAAACUUUUGAUUCGGUCCAUGGUUAGUGUGAAAAGUAUAGGAAAUGAGUUUUAUGGAAUUGACUCCAACCAGCUGAGAAAUUCUUUUGCUUUUCCUCAGUUAAAGGAACUUCAUAUUUAUGGGAUGAAGAAGCUAGAGCAAUGGGAUGAAUCAACGGUUGUUUCAUCAAAUCUCUUUGGAUGUCUAAAAAAGCUUCAUAUUUCUGGAUGUGGUCAAUUAGCAAAAUUGCCAAGUGGGUUAGAAGGUUGCCACUCCAUUGAAUAUUUGGGCAUCUUUCAGUGUUCUAAUUUGAUGCUAAAUGUGCAAAAUUUUUACAACUUAUAUCAUUUAGACAUUAAUGGGUUGAAAAGAUUGCCAGAGGGAUUAGGUAAGCUCACUAACUUGAAAAUUUUAAGAAUUAGUGGACAAUUGCAUAAUUAUGAGUUUAGUUCCUUCAUACACUUGUCUUCUCAGCUUGUUGAACUUGAGUUGAAUGACUAUGGGUCAAGUGAUAAUGCAACAACAACCCAACUUCCCCAACAACUUCAGUACCUCACUAACUUGAAAAUUUUGAGAAUUGGUGGAUGCAUGCAGAAUUAUGAGUUCAGUUCCUUUAGACACUUGCCUACUCAGCUUGUUAAACUUGAGUUGAUUGAUGAUGAGUCAAGUGAUGAUGCAACAACCCAACUUCCUCAAUUUCAGCACUUCACUAACUUGAAUGUUCUGGUAAUUUCAAAUUUUGAUGGCAUUGAAACUCUGCCAGAUUGGUUAGGAAACCUUACAUCUUUGAGAACAUUGCAUUUCUUUGAAUGCAAAAAUUUGAAAGAAUUACCUUCAAGAGAGGCCAUAUUACACCUUACCAAAUUAGAGAAUUUGGUGGUGUUUAGAUGUCCAAAACUACUAGUUGGGGAAGGCGAUCAGGAGAGGGCUAAACUUUCUCAUCUUCCAGGAAUGUAUGUUCAUAACAUUCCGUACUAA